CGCUGUCUUUUCUCCGUCCAUACAUACUUAAAAUUCCUUAAAAUGAACACCCACUUUUUUUAAACUCACACUGUUACUCCUUUAUCUUUUCUCCGAUAAAUGACAUUAAACCAACAUUUGACAACACACUUGAUUAUUACUCUAUGAUACUACAAUUCACCUUAUUAAUUUCUUUCAAAUGUUGCCUUUAAUAAAUCCUUGUUCAAUCUUUACUCCUCUAAAUUCUUCCAUUUCCACAGUUUCUCUUUUUCCUCCUCAUAAACUCACCUUCAUUCGUUGCCACGCCGCUGCCGAUUCAGCAGCACCUGGGUUUGGCAGAAUUAGCCAAAACUCAGACGAAAUGGCUAAUAAGCGAAUUGGGAAUAAUAACAUUAAAAAGAACACAAAAGUGAAUGCAAAGGAAAGGCGUUGGUCACGUAACAGAGAGAGUUAUUUGGCUGAUGAUAGUGAAGCUCUUCCUCUUCCUAUGACUUACCCUGAUACUUCUCCUGUUUCGCCGGAGGAAAUUGACCGCCGGCUCCGGUGUGACCCCGUAUUUGAGGAUUGCAAGGCAGUCGUCUAUGAGUGGACUGGGAAAUGUCGGAGUUGCCAAGGGACAGGAUUGGUCAGUUACUAUAACAAAAGGGGGAAAGAGACCAUCUGUAAAUGCAUACCUUGCGCUGGAAUCGGUUAUGUGCAGAAAAUAACACUACGCAACGAUAUUGAAGUGAUGGUGGACUUGGAUGAUUGAAACCACCUUGACAAAAGCAUACUCAUACCAUUUUGUUUAACCAUAAUACAUUAGGAGAGCUGUGAAGACGCACAUUACAUCGCGGAAUUGCUGUAUUCCUUGAGGGGCAAAGUGAGGGUCCAAUUCUAAACCAAUUUUCUCAAGUCAAAUAAAGGACAGAUUCUAUACAUCCGUAGCAGAACAAAGUACUUUCGGCGAGGAUCUAGAAUGUAUUUAUAGCUUUAUAUACCUUUUUCACUUCAGCUAUUUCCUUCUUGGUUCUUUUUAUGUUUUCAUACGUUGGAUUGAGAAUAUUGUUGCUUACAAGUAGCUGAGGAAUAAAUAAUAUUCUUCCUUAUCUUCUUCGCUUUAAGCAUCAGAAUAUCUGUUUCUUUUAUUCAUAACCAUUCUACUAUUUAAGGUCCUGUGCUACAAUGUUAUUCUCCAAGUUUAUUACAGUUUUAAGUCUUAGAUAUCUUCUCCCAAAUACAAUACAACCUUUCCAAUGUCGAACUUGAGCUUUCUUGAUUUCCAAUACAACCUCUCAAAGAGGAGUUUCCUGCAUAAGCCAACUAGAAUGUUUACCAAAGAGAGACAAAACUCAGGCUUAUUGCCUAUUUACCAACUUAGUGUGGAUGAACUAAAGAAAGUCUUUGAUAAAUUUGAUUCGAACAAAGAUGGCAAGAUUUCACCAGAAGAAUACAAGGCUAUUCUCAAAUCCAUGGGGAAGAAAAACCUCCUUACAAGGGAAGUUCAAAAGAUUUUCGACGUUGCAGAUGCAAAUGGUGAUGGAUUUAUUGAUUUCAAGGAGUUUGUGGAAGCGCAAAAGAAGGAAGGUGGUGUCAAAACUAUGGAUUUGAAGAGUGCAUUUCACACUUUUGACAAGGAUGGUGAUGGAAAGAUCAGUGUGCAGGAAGUAUAUGAGUUGCAGAAGGGGCUCGGGCAGAGGUGCAGCCUUCAAGAUUGCAGGAAAAUGGUGAAGGCUGUGGAUGCAAAUGGAGAUGGUGCGAUUGAUUUGGAUGAAUUCAUGACUAUGAUGACCCGCACUAUGACACUUUGUUAGAAGUUUUUUCAUCCCUAAUUGAAGGCCCCAACUGGGAAUUCCUAGCUCAGCAGGCAUCACAUCACUUAGAUAUAUGUUCCUUGUAUAAAUGCAAGAUUUCUGCAUGCUGGUAGCAAUAGUUCUUAGUACUAGUUUGAUAUUUGAUAAUAAGUUAAUAGUUUCAUUAUAAUUUAAGGUUUCAUCCAAUAGGUUAGCUGAGCGUCUAUCGGAAACAGUCUCUUUACCCGUUCAGGGUAGGGGUAAGGCUGCGUACAUCUCACCCUCCUAAGACCCCAUUUGUGGAAAUACACUGGGUCGUUGUUGUUAUUGUUAUUGUAUCCAAUAGGUUUUGCAACUAUGAAAAGUUAAAUAGCAUUGACAAAACAUAAGUUUCAGAAUAA